AGAGAGCAGGAAAGUAACAGGGUUAAGUUACUUGGAAUAUGUGAUGUUAAUGUGUUUUUAUUUUUUCCAAUUACUUCUCUGUAGUGAUCAGAAAUGAGUGAACAAUCAGGAAAAACCAAUUCCACGCAAGAGAGACCUGCAGGUCAAAGUUCUGAGAAAAAAAGUCAGAUUGGACAGAAGCAACUGCAACAGAUAGAGCGGCAGUUAAAAUGCUUGGCAUUUCAAAAUCCUGGACCACAGGUGGCUGACUUUAAUCCUGAAACAAGGCAGCAAAAAAAGAAAGCACGAAUGUCGAAGAUGAAUGAGUAUUUUUCUGUAAACUCCAAAGUCAUGAAGAAGUACGACAAAAGCGGCAGGCUCAUCUGCAAUGACGCGGACCUGUGCGACUGCUUGGAGAAGAACUGCCUGGGCUGCUUCUACCCGUGCCCCAAGUGCAACUCCAACAAGUGCGGGCCCGAGUGCCGCUGCAACCGCCGCUGGGUCUACGACGCCAUUGUCACCGAGACCGGGGAGGUCAUCAGCGCGCAGCCGUUUGACAUCCCCGACUAGGACGCAGCCCUGCAGGCUGAUCGCUUUUCUCUUCUUUGCAUUUAAGCCAGCUUCUGUCUCCUGGGUGAAUUUUAGGACUGGGGGAAACAGUGUUUAAAAAUGUAACGUAAGACUCCUGUUCUCCCGAAGCCACAGAGUGGUGUGGAACCGCCCCCCUUCUCCAACCUUCCUGCUCUGAUGUCUCAGAUUCCUCCCCUGGUAACCCAGGAGCGAGGCCGGGGGUGGUUAUCAGUACCAGCACCUCCAUCACUACUCUGCUCUCAGAUUAAAAGUCCCUUUCCCCUUUGCUGGGACCUUAGAAGAGGGAGUGUGAGGAUUUUCAGAAUUCUGUAGCUGAGAGCUUGUCUUGACUUAGAACGUAGAGUCAUACAUUCAUAAUAGUUACGCUUAGGCUCUUAGCCAUCGCCAGUUCUAGAUCGGAACUGCUCUUUGGAUUGAUGUGGCACUGCACACCCGUAGUCUCAUUUUCUGUUGUUACUGUUUUAAUAAUACUAAAACUUGUUAAUACUUGGCA